AUGAUUUCCGGCUCCGAUCAAUUGGCACAUCAGACAUGUCCUCCCACUUCCAUCGUCUUUGAUCAUAUGGCUACUGCUGUUUCUAACGACGGUCAUAACGAUGUUCGGGCCUGUUCUAUAGUUCCCUUGUCUACCACACUUGCUGGCCCGAUAGCCCAGAACAUUACAUCUCUUCGCGCGCCAUCUGCCGGUUCGCCUUUAUCUGUGUGCCCGUUGGUUUCCAAGUCUGUUGCAUUACCAGUUGCCAGUAGCCACCGAAUUAACGCUAGUGAUGGCCUUCCAGCUUCUUUCGCGAUAUCUGCUGCUAGUGGUGGAUCUAAUGGAAAUAACAGCAUAGGUAACAUCGCCUCUCAAACUAGCGUUGCAUUUUCAGCCCAACAACAUGUCAGGCAACCAAAAAUGUAUCCCCACUCCAACAUACGCCAGCAGCGUGCGCAUGCUGAACAAUAUGUGGAUCAGCUAUCUACUUGUGAACGUAACCCUAGCCAAUUCCAACAUCCAUGGAAGGGUGCCGGUAAGUGCGCUUCCAGUUAUUGA